AUGCGUGGGUACUCGGUCUCAACGAGGUCGUGGAACAGUGAUGCGCCUGAUCCUACCCCGCAUCUUCCUGACAGUCUGGAGACUCACGAUUUAGACCGAAUGGACAUCUCCUUCAGUAGCUUUGUUGAAAGGAUGGAGGCCGGUCAGCUUCCGGAUUUGCGUGAAGUUACAUAUCGGAAGUUCUAUGGCCAAGAUGAGGACGAGACCGAGGAAGUAAGCCAAGACUGGGAUUAUGACUUUGAAUCGUUGUGA